UUCAAGCGUACCAGUGUUCUGACUCGGAGAAGUGUUUUCAACCCCUGCAUGAGAAACCACGGGAGGCAUGGCAGUGGCAGUAGAACACAUGUUUUGUGCGGGACGACACGUGAACGCGGCUGACAGUGGCAGUGAUCCAGAUACAAGAGCGCCGCUCAUCAUUUGAUGUUGUGUGUUAGAAACUCCCUGUGCAGUCCUGACAACAUACAUGCUGAAGGAAAUGCUGAAUACAUCACUUGGCAAUCAUUGCAGGCAAUGGCGAUCUUCCUGAGAAACCAGCAGCUUCCACGGCUAUUAUCAACUCUACAAAACACCCGGAAGGCAAAUCGUAUUCGAGGUGAAAUAAUUUCAAAACUGCGAUCGGUGAUAACUGACUAUGACUUCAUAGUGGACCGCUGGCCAGAUUACAGAGCACUGGUUGCUCGUGUCAAUCCAGUUACAGCCAAGUACCCAAAACAUCUGGAUAUGGCCAGCAGUGUUUAUGCCACAGACUCUGGUGCUCUGGAGACUAUACUUCAAACGACUCAUGUGAUAGAUUGGGCAUCAAAAGUUGGGUUUGCAGGUGUGUAUACAUACGAAAUGCCAGCCGUUGUUAACGCCAUGCAGAAGCACAACAGACAACAUUAUAUGGACUUGCACUUUGACAUGAAAGUCACAGAAAAGACGCUGAAGCCAUGGUCUGUUCCAUAUGGAUUCAAGAUUAGAAGUCUUGUUCCUGAACAAGCCCCUCUAGUCAAUUCAAUGUGGCCUCACAAUGACGGUAUACACUCUGAGCCAUACAUCAAAGAACUCAUCAGCAAACAACCGUCGUGUUGUCUGUACAACAGGGAAAGUUCCCUGGUAGGAUACGCCUUGGUUUACCAUUAUGGGUAUUUAGGUUGCCUACAUGUCCUGAAGGAACAUCGAAGGAAAGGAUAUGGUGAGCUGAUCACUUCCCAUCUUGCUGCUUUGUGUCUGCAGCAAAUGGAAGAGGUACAUGCCAAUGUUCUGGAAGACAAUAUCGCAUCAAUCGCGUUAUGUAAAAACGUCGGCUUUGUCCAAGAUCAGGAUUCUUGUUGGUGGAUAGGAACACAUGGAUCUGAGUAGAAAAGAUGAUUUUGAUUACAUGUGAUGAGUGUCAAUUGCUACAGCUAGAAUAAAUAAUACAAUAGUUAGGAAUAAUACUGUAAUGUUCUGUCCUACUGAGAAGAUAAAUACAUUCCUGUAAGUAUACGAAUCAUUUUCGUCUUUACGUUCAGCAAGCACGUUUAUCCAGUUUCAAAACGACGCUGCUUACCAAGGAUGAAUGAAAUCAUCUACCUCUGCUGCUCAAUUUGGACAAGAACCUGUUGUAGGAGUUUCAUCAGCUUUAGGGGCGGUGGGAGGGCCUAGUGGUUAAAGCGUUGACUCGUCACGCCGGAG